ACGAUGGCGGACAAAACAGAGUCGCCAUCUGGCUUGACAGAUGAAGGUGGAACAAGUCAAAAGGACCCAAAGGUCAUAAAUAUGGAAGGAGUCAGUGUUGAUCAGACCAAACAAACAACAGAGUCAGAUCUUGAUGCUCUUUUACAGGACAAGGAGUUAAUGAUUGAUCCCUAUAAUGAGGAUGAGACGGAACUUAGAUUCCUGCAUUCCAAACCAACAUGUUUCAUUAUAAUUGGAAAACCAGGGUCUGGAAAAACAAGCCUGGCUAGAAGACUUGCUUCAGAAUGGAAAUGUGAACUGAUUAAUCCUACGGAUUUGAUCAACCAGCAUAUACACAUGAUGACUGAAACAGGCAAUAAAUGCCAAGAAAUUCUUGUAAGAGGAGAGGCAAUUCCUGAGGAGAUGGUAAUUAAAAUGAUCGAGGAAAAAAUCCACUCCCCAGAGGUCACUCAUCAUGGUUAUGUGCUUGAUGAUUUCCCCUGCCUAUCUGAGGAAAACCUUUCCAUAAAAGACCAAAUUGAACUUGUGAAGAAUUGGAAACUCAAGCCUGAUUUUAUCAUUAACAUCAAGAUCCCUGAUCAUGAUUUGGAGAAGAGGAGAAUAGGUCAGAAAAUUGAUCCCAUGACAGGAGAAAUCUUCACUGAGGAUGUUUACAACCCAGAAAAACCAGUCAAAGAGAUUAAGGAGGAAGGAGAAGAAGAAGGAGAGGAGGAGGAGGAAGAGGAUGCAGAGGAGGCCACACCAGAGGACGGUGAAUUUGCAUCAGAACUUCCUCCCGAUGUGCUGGAGAGACUACUGAGGCGACCUGAAGAUUUGGAGGAGCAAGCUAAAGGAAACAUCUCCAAAUAUAAAAAUAAAAUGCUGCGACUCUUAGAGGAUUACAUGGCAGACCAUGAUCAGCAAUAUCUUAUUGAAAUGGAUGGAAAUCAAACCAUUCCAACACUGUUUAGGCAAUUGCUCUCGCGAUUGAACUGCUUUGUCCUGAGACCAGCUGCUGUACCUGUCAGGCUACAGGAUCCUGAGGAUGACGAAAUCCCGGAGGAAAUUGAGACGGAUGAGUUAAUGAGGACACUUGCACCUAAGCAGAUGGUGGCCCCUAGGUUUAGAUGGAGGAGAAGCCGCUGGUUGAGAAAUUGUCCUGUAGCUCUUUAUGAAGGGGAUAUAACUCCUGGCAAACCAGAAUUUGCUGUCAGCUUUUUGGACAAGAUAUAUGUUUUGUCAAGUGCAGAAGCAAUGGAGAAAUUUUUAAAGAAUCCUCGUCCAUACUUGAUGGCCCCACAACCCAGGCCACCUUGUAAAAUAGCCAUUUUAGGUCCCCCUCUUGUAGGAAAAACCACACUAGCACACCUCUUGGCACAGAAGUAUGGAGCAAAGGUUUUGGAUAUGGACGUUCUGAUGAAACCAAAGAUGGAAGAAGAGAAGAAGAAGUACAUUGAUGAGCAGAAGAAGGAGGCAACAGAAAAUGCCAUCUCCACUGUCAAAAUGAAGAUCAAAGAGAAAAUGGAGGCAGAGCAGGCUGCAAGAGAAGCAGAAGAGGCAGCGGCAGCAGAACUUGCUGCACAACAGGCUGAGGAGGAAGCUGAGGAAGAUGAAGAAGGCAAGAGUGGUGAUGAAAAAGAGGAAGAUCCUAGUGCUACUGAUACCAGCAUGGUCAAAGAGGGUGAGGAAAAAAGUGAGGAAUCUCCUCCAGAAGAGACUAAACCUGAGGAAGGGGCGGAGUCUAAGGAGGUCAAAGAAGAAGAAGAGGAGAAAUCCGGUGAAGAGGGCGGUGAAGAGAAAGCAGAGGAAACAAAGACUGAGGAGAAAUCCGAGGUCACCUCCUCCACGGAGCCUCCAGCCCCUCCUCCAGCCCCUGAAGUCGACGAGACCCACCCAGAGGUCAUCACCAUGGUAGAGGCCGCUAUUAAGCUGGCAGAGGAACAUCAGAUCACCCUCCCCCCAGAGGCAUAUAUUGAGGUUCUGGAAGUGGCAAUUAAAGAUGCAGAAAAAGAACUCAGAGAAAAGACCCCAGAUGGACCUAUACAUGGUGGAUGGGUUUUGGAUAACUUCCCAAAGACCAGAGACCAGAUGAACAUGUGUAUAGAGAAGAAUGUGAUGCCUGAUGACAUCAUUCUGCUACAAGACAAGGAGAACAGCGAGUUUCUGAUCAGGCGCUUCUAUCAGAUGAACAAGGAGGAGAUUGACGCAAAGAUAAAGGCUCGCAAAGAGGAGGAGGAGCGCAAAAGGAGGGCCAUUGAGGAAGAAAGGAGAAGGAGGGAGGAAGAAGAGAGAAAAGCAGCUGAAGAAGCAGCGAGGAAGGCAGCAGAAGAAGAGAGAUUGAGGAAACUUGCUGAGGAAGAGGGCGAGGAAGGUGGUGAGACGGCUGAGGAGGGCGAGGAAGAAGAAGUCGAGGAGAAGACUGAGGAGCCAGAACAGGAGGAGACAGCUGAACCUCCUAAAGAUAUGAGUUCUCCCUCACCAUCAGUUUCAUCUUCAGAGGAGGAGGAAGAACAAAAAUCAGAAGUAGAGACCACAAAGACCAGUGACCCCGCCCCAUCCAGCAUAGGGGAGGAGGAGGGGUCAAAGGUCAAGAUACAGGAGGAUGAAAAUAAACUUCCAACAGGACCAGAAAUUGAGGAAUUCAAAGAGAAGAGGAAGGAGUUUGACAGGGAAUUCCAGAAUGUUCUGGCUACUCUAGCUGGAGGAAGCAGCAUGGAGCCUAUAGCUAUCGAGGCCGAGGAUAAGUCUGUCGAAGAGGUGUACAAGGAGUCCAUAGAAAAUGUGGAGAGACCAUUCCUGUACUCUGGUUGGGAGUAUCAGGGAGCUGAUGUGGAUGAGGAAGAAGAAGAUAUGGAGGCUGAUGCUGCAGCAGCUGAAGAAGAGGAAGAGGAAGGAGGCGAAGAGGAGGAAGAUCCAAACAGGAACAAGAAGAAGCCACUUGGAGACACGAACCACUUCUGUCCUGUGGCACUGAAGGAGAACUUUGUCCUGUACCCCGGAAACCCUGAAAUAUCAGCCAAGUACAGAGAGAAGGUGUAUUACUUCUCCACUAAUGAAGCCAGGGAAAAAUUCCUCACCAAUCCCACAGACUUCCUCCCAAAACACAAACCACUGGAUCCCCCUCCCAUUCGUCUGUUGAUUCUGGGAGCCAGAGGUGCUGGUAAAUCUCUUCAUGGCCGACAGAUGGCCAAGAGGAUGGGUCUAUUCCACAUCUCCUUCAAAGAUCGCCUCCAGGAACUGAUCAUUGCCAAAACCAGGAAGAAGGUCGGACCGGAGUAUGAGGAGGAUAACCAGGAGGAACCAGAAGAGCCAGAUGAAGAUGAGGAUGAGGCGGCCAUUACAGAUCCUGAUGGAAACCCAGUGGAAAAGCCAGCUGAGCCCUCGGACAGCAAAGAAAGUGGUGGAGAGGAGAAGGAAGAAGAGGAGGUAGAGUUUACUGAGGAGGAGGAGGCCAUUAAAGCUAACCUGGAGUCAGAUGAACCCCUCCCUGCUGAGGUCCUGGACACAAUUGUACCUGCCUGGUGGAACAAAGAGCCAUUCAAAUCCACUGGGUUUAUUCUGGAAGGAUUCCCUAGAACCAGUGAGGAAGCUAAAUACAUGGCAGAAAUGGGGCUGUUCCCCGACUCUGCCCUCAUCCUUAAUGUAGAGGACAGUGACGUCAUCGCUCGACUUCUUCCUCCAAAACUUGACAAAUGGAGGGUUAAGAGAGACAGGAGAUUAGAGAAGAAACGCAAGAAGAAGGAGAAGGCUCAGAAAAAGAGGGAAGCAGCAAUUCAGAAGAGGAGAGAGGAGCUCCUCAAGGAGCAGGAAGAGAGAAGAAAGGAGAGAGCAGCAGAGAAGGCUGCAGCCAGAGAAGAUGGUGAUGAGGAGGAAGAGGCAGAAGAAGAAGAAGAGGCAGAGGAGGAGGAAGAGGAGGUUGAUAUUGAAGCUCAGCUAGCCGAGGAGUUUGAGGAAGAGGAGGAAGAAGAAGAAGAGGAAGAGGAACAAGAGGAGGAUGCCACAGACAGAAUGAGGAAUGACCUCAAUGAGGUGUAUGAUAAUGACACCAACAAACUCGCAGCUGUACAGGAAACUCUAGAGGAAAUCUCUGUUCCACGAGUGGCAGUGGAAGCUGGCAGGAAGCCACAUAUUGUUAGAUACUCCAUGUCUAAGGGCUUGAAGCCAUUCAUUGACUUCAGACAUAGUAUGUUUGAGAGGGUCUACCCCGUCAAUGAGAGGCUGGCCAAUAAAAUGCUGCAAACUGGUUAUAAACAACCAAGCAAGUUUGGCAGAUGGUGUCCAGUCAAGUUAUAUGAGGGAGAUGUGAUCCAGCCAAUGAAUGGACUCGGAUUUCCAACAUAUCCUUGUAUCUAUCGGCAACAUAUCUACUUCAUGUCCUCUCCUUCAGCUCGAGAGGAGUUCUCUAAGAACCCCAUGCUGUACCUCACACAGAACAUCUCCAGACCAGUGGUUCCAAUCAGAUUGAGCAUCAUUGGACCACCAAAGUCAGGCAAAACAUCAUUGGCUAACAGGUUUGUGAGUGAGUAUGGCUUGGUCAGGUUGUCCAUUGGAGAGGCCAUGAGGAGAGUUCUAGUUGAACAACCCAAAACAGAUCUAGCUAAGUCCAUUACCAAGCACCUGGUCAAAGGACUGACCAUUCCUGACGAGCUGGCCGUCCAGGCUUUAGAUGUCUGUCUAAUGGACAUGAGAUGUCAAACCAGAGGGUAUGUGUUGGAUGGCUAUCCGAUGACCAAGAAACAAGUGGACUUGAUGACCGAGUGUAAUAUUAUUCCAGUCAGGGUCAUUGAGUUAAUUAUGGACAGCAAAGAAAUCAUGGUUAGGGGAAUGAGGGACCGCAUUGCCCCCACAAGGACCCUGCCUCUGCAUGAUAGCUCUCAGAUCCUGGCUGUGAAAUUAGCAGCCUACCAUAAGGAGGUGGGGGCUGUCAAAGAAUGGUACACGAAAGAACACAUGAAUCACAAGUUGAUCAGUGGUGAACGAUCAAAGUGGUGGGUAUGGAAUGCUGCUCUCGACAUCUCCAAAAAGAGUGUGUCACAGAUACAGAUCUACCUAAAGAGGAUAGGAGAGGGUCAAGCUGCUUCCAUUGCCGACAUGUGCAUCACACCAAACGAGUUCCUGCAGCGCAUGGGUGACUUUGGUCAGUAUUGUCCAGUCAGCCUGGCCGACAAGAAUGAGCUCAUCGACUGCUCCACCACUGUGUCUCUCAGAUAUGCUGCCGAGUAUAGAGGACAUUAUUAUAAAAUGGCUGGUCAGAAGGAACUGAACAAGUUUUUGGACGACCCAGAGAAAUAUGUUCCCCCUCUGGCCCCCAACAAACUUCCCCCUCCAGAGCUCCUCCCCAACAGACACACCCCUGCAGAUGUAAAAGCCUCCCAGGAGAUAGAGUUGUUAGGAUAUUGCCCUGUCACAUUCUUGGAUGGACAUUGCAGAUAUGAAGCCAUCGUCCCAGGGAAACCAGAAUUCAUUGCAGAGUACAGAGGAAAAUUCUUCUAUUGUGAAUCAGAAGAAAAACUUCUCAAAUUUAUGAAAACACCAGAGAAGUAUUAUGAUUUAAAGCUUCCCCACAAGCUCCCCCCUCCCAAGGAGCCCCUCCCAGUGACUGGACUCCCCAUGCUGGGAUACAUGGAACAGUCCUGUGCCACUGCAUUGGUCAAGGCUCUGACAGCCUGCGGAAACUUCAAACCAAAAUACCCAUUCCUUAAUUCAAGUCGGUCAGCUCUUAUGUAUGUGGCCUAUCAUCUUAAAGCAUAUAAUCCCAAGAGUUCUGACUACGUAAGAAAAAAGUACAAGAAAAAAUUACAGAAAUUUGAAGAAACUUGUCAACUGAUCCGUUACCUCGGGGACAAUAUGACUGUGAGAUACCGUGCUCCCAAUGAUCGCCCUGGUGAUUUCGACAACAAAUUAGAAACAUUCUUUGCUCUUAGAGGAAUUGAACCAACAACAACAUGGAUGGUCUGAAAUAGAACUACUUAUUUCUGUCUCUGUGAAAAUGACUCCCCAUUUGAGAAUUCUAAGUGCAUUAUUUGUGUGAAAGGUGCUCAUAUGAAAUCCGCUGAUUACUCUUUUUAUAGUCUUAUAUUGUAACAACUAACAGAUGUUAAAAUACUGCUGACUGAAAUUAUACUUCACACCAAAGGAAGUUUAAAGUUACCCUCUGUCAACCUUUUUUAUUAUUGUUGUACAAAAUCUACACUGGAGACAGGCCUUGUUACGAGAGUGUAUUGGAAGAAAUCCUGUUACGCCUUCUAUUUAUAUGACUGUGUCUUUAUUCUGUGAUAAAAUUGUAAUACAUUAUUUUGUAUUGUUGACAUUGUGUAUUUGAAGAAUCAGAUUAUGUCUACAGAAUUGAAUUGUAAAGUUGUGGAUAUCCGUCCAAUAAAAUGUCAUAAAGAAAAACUCA